AUGGGAAGGCUCUCACUCUUCUGUCUCUUCGGGCGGCUGCGCAGACGCGAAAAGCGAGCAAGCAAUGCCCCAUCAGUGGCACCACCCGCGACACCCGAGCACCAGCAGCCCACCCCGCGAGUCUCUAGUUCCAUCACAUUGGAAACACUCCCAGCCGAGCUGCGGCACCUGAUACUGGAAUCAAUCGAAGACAUCAAGGACCUCAAGGCGCUGGUGUUCGCAUCACCCGUAUAUCAUCAGCAGUACCUCCACAGCCGCAAAUGGCUCCUCCGCCGCACGCUUCAAACCACCCUAGGCAACGGCAACGUGCUGGCGGAUGCAUAUGCAGCGCACACCUCCGGCUCGCUGCAUGAGGAGGGGGUCGAAUCGCAUAUCCACGCGGACACCUUCCGCCUCUUUAUGGACCAGUACAUAGCCCACCGGUCCGUUGGCCCCGGGCAGGUCUGGGCCGAGGCCGCCGCCACGGAGGACGACCUUAUCGAGAUGGCGGCCUUCUACCUCGCCGUGACGUGCCCUUUAUUGAGGAUCUGCUCCUCCGUCCUCCUCAUGCGCCUCAACCGUUCCCCUGACGACAGCCGCCUGUCCAGGGCGGAGCGUACGCGUUUCCUCCGUGCGCUGUACCGCUACCAGACCUACUGUAACAUUUUCGGCAUGCGUCCCGGUGGGGAUUACAAGCCGUUCAACCUCCCCCAUGAAGAGCGGCUGGUGAGCUUUUUCGGCCUGUUUCCCCCCUGGGAGAUUGAGGAGAUCAACUGCAUCUAUGCCUUGGUCCGCGACAAAUGCGAGAAGAUCUUCGAUACCACCACAAUGGCAGACCUGGCCAAGGAUCACCCCGGGUCCGACCCAGCAGCCAACCGAUACCUGAGGUCGUUUAACCUUUCUUCCCCUUGUAAGUGCCACUACCUAGGCAUCGCCUCACGCGGCCUACACGCCUUCCUCGAAAUAGUACAGACCCCCGACGACGAGACGCUGGUCAGGGCGAUGCAGAAGUACAUGGUGUGGCACGAGCGCUUCCUCGAGGAAACCAUGAUGUUGCCGACACAGUGGCGGCGGCGGUCGCGCCACCCGUCGGCCGAGGACCAGGCGCAGGCCCGCCGCGACCGGCUGCCCUUCGUGGGGGAUGAGCAGGGCUUGAUGGAUGGCAGGUCACCGGCGCCGCCGGUGGCGUGGGUGGUUAUGUGGCGGGGCCAGUUCAAGAAUGAGUAUGGGCAGGCGGUUGAUGAGAGGUUUAGGAAGUGGGGGUAUGUGUUUUGGGAUUGUAAGCGUCUGAAGGAGAGCGGGCGGAGGGAGACGUUGGUGCGCGACCUGCGGAAUCCUGAUAUGACGAGGAUGCGGUGGGACUAA